GCCGACUAAGCGCAUAUCGUAUGACCCUCUCCUACGGGACCGCCGACACUCUUCGCUCCCUCCCCGGACUAUGACAACCUCUACAGUCUACGCCAGCUCCCACACUUCCAAAUACUUCCUCAACCCGCAGGCUCACCGGCCCUCUCCGCCCGCAGACUACCUCUACGGCAAAGUCGCAUACCCCUCCACCUCCCCGAUGACGAACACGCCACCCAACGUCUCGCCCACGAGCCAGCACAACGUGCAAGUGCGCCAGCUGCGCCAGCCGCGCCAGCCCCUCUACGUCCCCGCCGCCCUCCGCCCUACCAACCUCCCCUCCGGCCGCGACAUCCCCGGCCGUCCGCGAGCCCCAGAUACCCCUCCCACCAGUCAGAGCAACAGCUGGGACAGCGCCAAGUCCAGCUCGCAAGCGCUGCAGACCGUCGUGUCCAAUGACAGUGGAAGCGAUGCGGCGAGCCGCCUGUACCGCGGGCUGAGCGGGAGCAGCGAAGGGCUGGAAGAGAGCACGGCAGAUGUGACGGGCCCUCCUACAACGGCGCACUGGAAGCCCGACGCCUCGUCCGACAACUGCUCCGUCUGCGGCGUGCUCUUCACCUGGUACUUCCGCCGGCACCACUGUCGACGCUGCGGCAGCCUCGUGUGCGAGAACCACAUCAAGGCCAAAGUCCCGCUGGAUCAGAACGCGCGUCUCAACACCAAAGGCGUGCCGAGCAAGGCGUGCAACCCGUGCUCUGAUGAAUGGAGGUUCCUCAAGAAGCUGCGCAACUCGCGUGCCUCGAGCGUCGCCGAGUCGCAGAACAGUUCGCAAGGCACGGCGAUGCCUGCGCCCGCCAUCUCCAUCCCACAGUCGGAGCGGCUCCUCGCGCCCGAAAAUCAGCGGGUGGGAAGCAUGGCGCGCUCCGAGGGCGGCAUGAUCUGGAGUACUUUCUAAUCGCCCACGACCCUAUCUUAACGGCCUCGGCACCGCCGACGAAUUCCUUUCAACACGGCCAUCCACCCACGAUUUUACGACUCGAUUUCUUUUUCCGAAACACGAGGCGGCUUCCUUUCUUUUCGGACCGCACAACAACACGGGCUUGCGUUUGCGCCUUCUUCGUUUCAUAUUACCUAGCGUUCAAGCGAUCCGUUUCGUGAUACCCCCGGUUUCAGCGCUGCAACUCGGCAGUAUACGCAACAGUAGAUCGCGAAUGGAUACUUUUACUUAUGCGUGUGGGAUGCGAUGGGACGGGAUGGUGUUGGGUUGGAGUGCGAAUCUGUAUGAUUAUAUGUGAUGUUUGCUAUGCUGAAUUGAUCUG